AUGUCUCCCGUUCCUGACAAUUAUGAAUUAUUCUCUAAAUGGACCUUGGCGUUUGACUCAGCAAGACACAAACUUCUUACUACCAGGCGACAAGAAGGAAUCGAAGAAGUAAAACGAAAGGGAAUUAUUAUUGAUAGAGGGAUAUCACGGAGUGCUUAUCUUAAGUUUUGUGAAGGAGAACCAAGAAUUUCUGUUAAACAUCGUUUGAUCGAUGGAAAAAUUGAAGCUUACGAAAUGCCUCUUGACUUUCACUCAGCGGUACAAGAAGAAUUGAUCCUUAUUAUGGAUUUUAUUGUGGAUACAAUAAGUGUCUGUCGUCCUGAUAUUUGUAUUCGACCAAGGAAUCGUCGACAACCUCAACCCUCACAAGCAGUUAAUUCAUCCGAAAAACCAUAUCCAACUCUAGUGGUGGAAAUCGGCAAUACAGAGAGUUUAAAUAAUUUGCAUGAAUUGGCUAUGAAAUAUUUUUCUCAACGGACCACUACUCAAAUUUAUUUAGCCAUCAAAUCAUUCCCAUCUGUUGCGCUUCUUGCACUGCUUUACUUACGUAACAAUCCAAAUCCAACAAUACCUGUAAUUGUCAAGUCUUUCGAAAUAGCAGAUCUCUCACGAAUAUAUAUUCUAAAUACUGCACAUGUUUCAGCAAGUGUGAUCACUGGUAUCGGAUUUGGAGGGGUUCCUUGUGAUGGUGGCAAUAUUCCGGAAUAUCAAAUAGUUAUUUCUACCAUAUUACUUUUAACGAUGUUCAUUAUAGUAGAUAUAUGGAGAUUACAAGAUGCAAUUCUGAAUAAAUAA